AUGUAUUAUUAAGAAAAUUUGAGAAAAGCUCGUGAGUACCUUAAUAAAAGAUAAAAAUAAAUUGAUCAUUUGACUCGUAAACCCAUAUAGGCUUAAGGUGUUAACAUAAGACAAAUAUUUGCUAUUUUAAGAUCCAAAGAUAGAAAUGAAAAAAGUGAGAGUAGAUAAUUGAAAACAAUAUAUUAAGACAAAAAAGAAGAUAAUAUUGGAGUGCCAUUAAUUGUGAUCACAUCUUAAAAUCCAGACUAAAGAGACUCUAAUCAUUCUAUUACAGCUAAACUUAUUAGGCUUAAUAAAAUAACUAGAAAUAAAACUGAAAUUACUCCCACCUAAUAUAAUUUUAUAGAUAGAAUUGUUGAACCAACAAUAAAAAAGCCUGAAAUUCAUUCAGAAUAAAUUUCACCAUUAAGAAUGCGUAAAAAUGCACCUAGUAAUUUAACCGACAGGAGAUAAUUGAUACUAAAAAAUAAAGAAACUAUUCAUCAAAAAGGUUAUCAUGUUCAAAAUUAAAAAUCCUAAGGUUGUAUAAUAACACAUUAAUUUAUUCAUUCAGAGCAAACUAGUCCUAGUUUUAGAAGAUUAAAUUAAACUUCUUAUUAAUGCGAUAAAACUAAGAUUUUCAACAAAAUUAAAAAUUAACCUUUAGAAAAUGAAAUCAAAUUAAUUAGAUAAAUUAGUGGUUGGACUAUUUAAAGUUAAGAAAGCAUUCAAACACCUAAAUGA